UCCUCCUGGGCUCCGGUGCCGAGAACACGCACACGCCAGCAGUGUGGCACGCCACGGACGCUCUCGAGUGGAUCCGGGAUGCGAGCAGAUGCCGUGAGAGAAAGUGAUCCGCAGCGAUAAAAGACAGAACGCAGCGCCAAAAUGAAGACACCUAUGCGCCACGGGGUAGCCGUGUUUCUAGUGCUCCUCCUGUGCGUCAGCUUGCUCCUCGUGUACAACGGGAACUUCAGCAGCACUUCCAGGGACGCAAACGAUACGCACGUCCGGCAGCAUGAGCACCUACAGCGACCCACGGAAGCCUCGGUCAGUGUGGCCAAGGCUCACCCCCAGGCCCUCCAGGGAUACAGCGGCAUCAUUGACCACAAGCCUCUCAAGAUGCACUGCCAUACCUGUGCCUUGGUGACCAGCUCUGGGCACCUCAUCGGCGCCGGUCGGGGAACAGAGAUUGAUCAGGCUGAGUGCGUCAUCCGGAUGAACGAUGCGCCAACCACCCGGGGUUAUGCUCGAGAUGUCGGCCGCCGCACGUCCUUGCGUGUCAUCGCUCACUCUAGCAUGCAGCGGGUCCUCCGGAGUCGCCACGAGCUACUCAACGCCAGCCAGGACACUGUGUUCAUCUUCUGGGGUCCGAGCAGCUACAUGAGGCGGGACGGGAAGGGCCUGGUGUACAAGAACCUGAGGCUGAUGAACCAAGUGCUGCCUAAGCUGAAGGUGUAUAUCAUUUCCUGGCAGAAGAUGCUGCAGUUUGAUGAGCUCUUCAAGAAGGAGACGGGCAAAGACAGGAGGAUAUCAAACUCGUGGCUGAGCACCGGCUGGUUCACUAUGACCAUCGCCCUGGAGCUGUGUGAUAGGAUCAAUGUGUACGGCAUGGUUGCUCCUGACUUCUGCAGGGAACCACAGCACCACUCUGUCCCUUACCACUACUACGAGCCACGUGGCCCCGACGAGUGCGCCAUGUACAUAUCCCAUGAGCGCGGCCGGCGGGGCAGCCAUCAUCGCUUCAUCACCGAGAAGAGGGUCUUCGCCAAGUGGGCACGGACAUUUGACAUCCACUUCUACCAGCCGGACUGGAGCCCCCCGCCCCUCUCAGCAAACCAUACGUCCGAGGCGACGGUCACAACAGCGGCGCCGGUCCCUCAGCAGACGUGACCGGUGUCAAAGCAGGGGGAAAAAAACACUUAAAAAAUAGGUGUAGGUGGGGGAAGGGAAAGACAGUAUGACGCUAUUUGAUCUGAGGCUUAGCAGAACCUUAACAGAGGAUGAAGCAGAUAAGUUGAAUACAGUUAAGGAUUGUUUCUUGUUGUUCCUGCUGGACGCCACUGCAAACAUUUUCUCCAAAUCCAACGGUGUGCUUUGUCUACUGAGGCAUUCAAAGUUGUUCAUCCCAUUGUAAAGUAUGGUUGUAUGAGGAGGCGACUUCAUUACACACACUCAAUGCAUGCUGCAUUUUACUGUGAUUCCUAAUGGUCUCUGUGCACGUGAGUGCGUCUGCAUGUGUUUACUGCAGGGGUCACAGAGGACAAAGACUCCACUUGGAGCCCGACACAAAGCUUUGUUGGAUGAACUAUCCAAGCAGGAUUCUCCAUGCGAGGUUCACGGUAAAGCAACAUUGCAGCAGCUGUAUAUCAACAGCAGCUCCAGAUUUACGCUGAAUACUAAUCGUGCAGUGAGUCAAAUCUGCCAGUCGCAGGAAGCGAGAGCUGACAAACACUGAGGAGGUCAUGUUGCAGAAGAUCAUUAAGGUUCUGUUGUCAUGCAACGAAAAACUGACACAGUGACGUGUGACCUUCACUUACUGCCUUUCACAUGAGUGCAUUGUAAUCCUGCGUUUCAUCUCAAACUCUACAAUGCGGCAUUCGGGUCUGAAUGACAAGCGCGUUUCAUCUAACACGUGCGCAUGUCUGCAUCUAGACCUGUGUGAAUGCAUCGUAAGACUUUGCUUAUGCUGCUGUUGCCAAUUAAUGGCACAAUUUACGUAGCUACAAGUCUGAUUUCCAUGUAAAUGCAUCGUGUCACACAAGACAAGCGGGAGAUUAAGAUCGAGAGCGGCAUCCAUCCUGACCGCAUUCAUCUACAGCUUCCCGUGAGCACCAAUUGCCUCACAGGAAAAUUGCACCAUUUGGAGGAAUACAGUUUUUUUUGAUGAGUGUAAUCCGUCACUUUUCUCCCACUUUCAUUUGUGCGGCGUACGCACUUGCCCCUCAUUUGAUUGAGUACCUGUUACACAGAGACGAUCGCCCGUUCUGCCCCUCUCAGAUUCUACUUCUUGUCAGUGAAGAAGAAUCAGGUGAUGAUCGGGAGUGAGCAAUGAGACGUGUUGUUAUCUUAAUACAUCUUAGUGCUAUGUCCCUAUUGAUUAUAGCCUCAAGUGUGUAAUGUGAGCAAAAAGAGGAGACACGCUUUGGGUCAGAUAUGCAGGUGCUGUCGCCAUGAGAAUGUGUUUCACAUCACGUUUGUUCAGAGGAGAUUAAGGUGUAAUAUUGUCUUGUCUAUCACAGACUUACUCUUGUACCACAGCGAUGCCCAAUUUAUGUUGUUUUCCAAAUACACCAACUUGUCUGCAAAUAACUGUGGGCAGUGCUACUUACUAGAAAAGUGUUUAGCACUUUUACAUUUAAGGUUCCUGCCAAUUUAACGGUUGUUAGUCGUCGCCCCCCCAUUUUUGCACACUGUGGAAAUAUUAUUCCACUCAAUAAAAGUCUUUCAAAAAACAGCCCCACAUUUGUUUCAGUUGCGUCCAUUAAUAUUGCGGCAAAUCAUGUCAUCUCAAAGCGUUACACAA